GAUCUAAUUAACAAAAAGAAGCUUUAGAAAAUAAAAUAGUUCAAUACGGCGUCGUUUCCUCAGAAGACCCUGUCAUCUCCCCUCUGCCAAAACCCUAAACCCCUUCUCUGCGUUUCUAAUUGAAUCCCAAUGAUGAUAGCUCGAACUCACUCCCUCACAAAACUAAAGCCCCUCAUCUCCAUCUCUCUCAUUUCCCAAUCCCUCACACCCAAACCCCCAUCUUCACAUUCCCCUCCAAUCCCUAAACCCCAAUUCCAAAACCCCUCAACAAAGUCUCAACCUUUCGUCUUCUCCAUCCCCUUCUCGUCUUCCCAGCAUCUCCCUCUCAGCCGCGAAGGAAAUUACGAUGAAGCCACGGCCCCAAACCUCAUCGUCUGCCCCGGUUGUGGGGUCCACAUGCAGGACUCCGACCCCAAAAACCCCGGCUUCUUCCUCAAACCCUCGAAAAAGGACCCCAGGACUUACAAAUUGGGUCCCCAUCUCGAGCCGGUUGCUCUGGAAUCUGAAUUCAACGGAGCCCUGAAGAGGGGUUUCGUGAUCGAGCCCGAAAACUUGGAUGAUUCAGGUCCCAAUUUGGGUGAAUUGGGAUCAGAAUGGAAGCCCGAAAAGCCGGUGGUGUGUGCCAGGUGCCAUUCUCUGAGGCAUUAUGGGAGAGUGAAGGAUACAGCUGUGGAGAAUCUGCUGCCGGAUUUCGAUUUCUAUCACACGGUUGGGAGGAAGCUGGCAUUGGCCUCUGGGACUAGAUCAGUGGUGCUGAUGGUGGUGGACGCGGCGGAUUUCGAUGGCUCGUUUCCGAGAAAGGUGGCGAAGUUGGUGUCAGACACCAUUGAUGAGCAUUCCACUGCUUGGAAACAGGGGAGGUCGGGAAAUGUGCCAAGAGUGGUGCUUGUUGUGACCAAGAUUGAUCUUCUGCCGAGCUCGUUGGGGCCGACUAGGUUGGAGCAUUGGGUUAGGAGUAGGGCCCGGGAGGGCGGGGCGGAUAAGAUUACGAGUGUGCAUUUGGUGAGUGCAGUGAGGGAUUGGGGGUUGAAGAAUCUGGUGGAUGAUGUGUCUAGCUUGGCAGGGCCGAGAGGGAAUGUGUGGGCAAUAGGGGCACAGAAUGCAGGGAAGAGUACUUUGAUCAACGCGAUAGGGAAGCAUGGUGGAGGGAAGAUUACUCACUUGACAGAAGCGCCAGUUCCAGGAACUACAUUGGGAAUUGUGAGAGUGGAAGGUGUGCUUCCUGGUAAGACCAAGAUGUUUGAUACGCCGGGGCUUUUGCAUCCUCAUCAGAUUACAACUAGGUUGACUAGAGAGGAGCAAAGUCUUGUAAACAUUAGCAAGGAGCUGAAACCGAGGACCUACAGGAUCAAGGAUGGUUAUUCAGUUCAUAUUGCUGGGCUUAUGAGGCUGGAUAUAGAAGAAUCAUCGGUAGAUUCUGUUUAUGUUACAGCAUGGGCGUCUCCUUAUCUUCCAUUACACAUGGGGAAAACGGAAAACGCAUCCGAAAUGGUAGAGAAACACUUUGGUCGUCAGUUACAGCCACCAAUCGGAGAGAAUAGAGUGAAGGAGCUUGGACAGUGGGUGAAAAAGGAGUUUCACAUCAGUGGAAACAGCUGGGAUUCAAGUUCGGUGGACAUUGCUGCUGCAGGUCUUGGCUGGUUUGCUGUUGGACUUAAAGGAGAGGCAGUUUUAAGUGUUUGGACUUACGAUGGAAUCGAUGUUGUUCUUCGGAAUUCAUUGCUUCCUAAUAGAUCAUACAAUUUUGAAGUUUCCGGGUUUACAGUCUCUAAAAUUGUCUCCAAAGCUGACAAAGCUUCAAAUAAGUCACAGCGUCAGGGUGAGAAGAAGAAGAAACAAACUGACCACCAAAAGGACUCUGUCACCUGCUGAUAUCAUAUUAAGAACUGUUGCAGACUGAACUUCCUUUUAGGCUGGAAAUGCUACUGGGGAAAGGAUAUAUGAAGGUGUUUUAACUAUUGUUGAUCAAUGACACUACAAGUGAGUGAAGAAUGCUAGCAAACAACAUACUUUUGACAUCCUAUCAAAAUUGGGAUGAUUUUCUCCAGACACAGUAUCAAGAACAGCUUCAUUGCAUUGCUACUGAAAGAUGGCUUGCAACAGGAUGAAACCUAUGGCUUAUUGAGCUAUAAGUACAUCAGCCGGGUUUCCCGUGCCCUUUCCAUCGGUUUCUAUGGUUUGCAUUACUGUGUAUUAUUUUUUCCCCUGUAAAUUAUAACUUGUAGGUGUCAGGACUAGCAAUUUCCAGUUGAGGUGUUUCUCUUUUGGGACCUGGGAUAUUGCAGACCUUGUAAAAUCGGGGUUCGAACUUCUGAGCCUUGGUUUUUUCUUGCAUUUUUUAAUUUUUUUGGAUAAAUUCUUCUUGCUUUGUUCAA